AUGAUGUUUCCUCAAUCCAGACACUCGGCGUCUUCGCAGUCAGGCCAAGCUCUGAAGUUCACCACGUCCGACUCCUGCGACCGCAUCAAGGACGAGUUCCAGUUCCUCCAGGCUCAAUACCACAGUUUGAAGUUGGAGUGCGACAAAUUAGCUUCAGAAAAGUCAGAGAUGCAGCGUCACUAUAUCAUGUAUUAUGAAAUGUCCUAUGGCCUAAACAUUGAAAUGCACAAACAGGCUGAAAUAGUCAAAAGACUGAACGGGAUCUGUGCUCAGGUGCUGCCGUAUCUGUCACAGGAGCACCAGCAGCAGGUCAUGGGGGCCAUUGAGAGGGCCAAACAGGUCACACCGCCAGAGAUGAAUUCUAUCAUUAGGCAACAGCUUCAGGUGCAGCACUUGUCCCAGCUGCAGGGCCUGGCUCUCCCCGUGGCCCCGCUGCCCCUGGGCCUGACUCCUCCCUCCAUGCCCCCCACCUCCAGCGCCGGCCUGCUCUCCCUCUCCUCCAUCCUCGCCAACUACUCCCACGGCGCGUCCCAGCAGGGGAAGGACGACAAGGGCAGGGACUCCGCCGAGAGGCCCCAGCGCGCCGAGGACGGGGACAAGUCUGACUAA